GGCUACAAACACAGUAAAGAGUACAUCGCCACUCAGGGGCCGCUGCCUGAAACUCGCAAUGAUUUCUGGAAGAUGGUUCUGCAGCAGAAGUCUCCGAUUAUCGUCAUGCUCACGCAGUGUAACGAACGACGGAGGGUGAAAUGUGAUCACUACUGGCCGUUCACAGAUGAACCGGUGAUGUACGGAGAGAUCAGUGUGGAGAUGCUCUCUGAAACCGAGUCUCCGGAGUGGACCAUCAGGAAGUUCAGACUGGGAUACGCUGAUGAGAGUCAGGACGUGCUGCACCUGAACUACACCUCAUGGCCCGAUCACGGCGUCCCCACGGUCAACGCCAUCGAAAGCAUCCUGCAGUUCGUCCACAUCGUCCGUCAGCAGGCAAACAGGACCAAAGACCCCAUCAUCGUCCACUGCAGUGCCGGAGUCGGCCGGACGGGGACGUUCAUCGCUCUGGACCGUCUCAUGCAGCACAUCAGGGAACACGAGUUUGCAGAUAUCCUGGGGAUGGUGUCCGAGAUGCGUUCACAUCGUCUGUCUAUGGUCCAGACCGAGGAGCAGUACGUGUUCAUCCAUCAAUGUGUCUUGUUGAUGUGGCAGAAGAAGAAGCAGCAGUCCAUCACCUCUGACGUCAUCUACGAGAACGCCAGCAAGACAUAAUGGUGGAGGCUCCUC